GCUGGAGUUGUGUCAAUACAGGAGAAUUGAACUACAAGAACGCAAGACUGACUGGUAGUAAGUCGUAGACAUGGAUCUUGACUUCGGUCUUUGUGAGACUACUGGAUGUGGAUGGGCGGUACAUUGAUGACGAUUGUCGCUUGUGUCGACUCGAAGAUGCCGGCAUGGUCAAUUGAGCGACGUCCUUGUGUAGGUGGAUAUCCCACUUCCAACGAGUGAUAAACAGAGGCCACUGGCGCUUGCAAAUAAGUUGCGCGACACGGUUUCUUCGUCAACCAGGGCGGUGAAAUGAGCAUAGAUGAAUGAGGCAGUCGCAACCUCCUUCACAUGUCAUGGUUGCUUCCCCGCGCUCCUUCCAAUCGCCUACGGCAAGGGCUGGCCAUCUUCCUACAAUGUCGACGACAUGCACAAACAUAUCUCCAUCAACUCUGUCGCUCUCGCAUCAAAGUCGCAGUUGCAAGAAACAUCUCGUGCAGAGCAGUCACGUGUGUCUCAAGGGGAAGCACUCUAGCCGCAUAAUGGAUGGAUG